GAAGGGAGGGAGGGCUUCAGGGCCUCCGGGCCCUCACGGGGUUGUGGGUCUCUCCGUAGGGAGACCAGGCGCCCUGGCCACCCCCACCCCCCACUGACGAGGCCGGCGAGUGGAGUCUGAGGGCCAGUGGUGAGGUGCGGGAAGCGCUUUUCCCGCCCGAGCUCCUCUGACCGACCUGCCCGAGGCCAAGCCCCGAGAGCACCUGGGCUAAGCAAGCCCUUGACACGGAAGGACGCGCGUGCGGGGCGUGGGAAACAAGCACCCUCGUGGGCGGGGACGUGCGCGGGGGGCCGGCCCAGAAGCGCAGGCCGCCCGGCGUCGGCCGGAAGCGCUGUUCGGGAGGCGGAAGCGGCUGGCUCGCGCGUGUCCCGCCCUUGCGGCGGUUCCCCGCGCCCCGGCUCUCCUACGGGACCUUCUACCUCUGGGCGCAGAGACCACCAGGAACACUUGAGGAAGAAGAAAAAAUGUCCCAAAAGCAGAUGAAGGAAGCUUUUGUCAGUAACCACAGUGGAACGAGCGUGCUGGAAAUCACCGAGGGCUUGUGCUUGCCUGCACUCUGUAUCCUGUGUAGAGGGCUCCUGAUCAUUCUCUCACAGCACUUAUGUUCUUCUUCACAUACCUGGAGAACUCGAUUCUUCAUUGACUUUGCUUUCCUAAUAGUUCCCCUGGUGACCACUUUGACCAUUUUCGCUUCAUUUGUCCUCCUUGAGUAUCUCAUUGUAAUUAUCUUUGGGGCAGGGCUGCUCUAUGAAACAUACUGCAGGAGAACUUGCUAUGCCAGAAUGCCUGUCGGGAAAAUCCUUGAAAAAUUCUUGAAAAUCAGUCUAGAAUCAGAAUACAUUCCAGCCAUCUCCUGUUUCCGUGUAAUUAACAGUGCAUUUACUGCUGUUGCCAUUUUGGCUGUGGACUUCCCUCUUUUUCCCAGAAGAUUUGCCAAAACUGAGCUCUAUGGGACAGGAGCAAUGGAUUUUGGAGUAGGAGGCUUUAUUUUUGGGACUGCAAUGGUUUGUCCAGAGGUUAGGAGAAAAUAUACAAAAGGGUCCAGACUUUGUUAUCUUACAAAGUCAUUGUACUCUGUUUGGCCAUUAGUCUUCCUAGGAAUGGGACGAUUAGUCAUUAUAAAAUCCAUAGGCUAUCAGGAACAUUUAACUGAGUAUGGAGUUCACUGGAAUUUUUUCUUUACCUUAAUAGUUGUGAAAUUGAUAACAUCACUGCUUUUGACUGUUUUUCCCCUAAAUAAAUCCUGGAUUGUGGCUAUCAGCAUUACUGUAUUCUACCAGCUAGCCCUUGAUUUUACCCCACUGAAAAGGUUAAUUUUGUAUGGCAGUGAUGGCAGUGGCACAAGGGUUGGUUUAUUAAAUGCCAACCGAGAAGGAAUAAUCUCUACCUUGGGGUAUGUGGCAAUACACAUGGCUGGUGUUCAAACAGGAUCAUACGUACUUAAAAAAAGAUCACAUAUCAAAGACUGGAUAAAAGUAGCAUGUUGUAUUCUAUUGACAGCUAUUGGCUUCUUCAUAUCUCUUUACAUAGUUCAGGUAAAUGUAGAAGUAGCAUCUCGAAGAAUGGCCAAUUUAGCCUUUUGUAUUUGGAUAGUUGCUUCUUGCCUGAUCCUUCUUAGUAGUUUAUUACUGGGUGAUAUAAUUUUGAAUUUUGCCAAAUUUCUAAUUAAAGGGGCAACAGUACCAUGUUCUUGGAAACUGAUCCAGUCACCUGCUGCAAAUAGAAAGCAUUCAGAAUCUCUAGUCUCUGAAGCUGAAAGAAAGGAACCCACUCUUUGUUUAAUCACAGCAAUGAACAGAAACCAGUUAAUUUUUUUCUUGCUGUCAAAUGUAACAACUGGCCUAGUCAACCUGUUGGUAGAUACAUUACACAGCAGUACCUUGUGGGCCUUAUUUGUACUCAAUCUCUACAUGUUUACCAACUGCUUAGUUAUAUAUGUGCUGCACUUGCAAGAUAAGACGGUAAAAUUUUGGUGAUCAGUACAGGUAGUAUAUGUUUUGAGCAAUAUUUUUUAAUGAGGAAGAAUAAAUAUAAAAUGGGCUUUUGGCAAUUCAGUGUUAAGUGUAUUUUAUUAUAAAAUUUUCAUUCCUACUCUAACAGAAGUGAUGCUUAAUAUUUUAAAUGUAUCUCAACACCAUGUAAAACAAACCAAUACAGAAGAAACAAAGCCUUUUGACUUGUUAGAAUAUUUAUAAAUUUCAGUAUUUUAAAGAAACUGUUGUGUUUACAGUUGUGAUACUGGAAGGUUGGAGGGUGAGGAGGAGGAUUUUUACCUUCCAUCUUUUUUUUUUUUUUUUUUUUUUGCGGUACGCGGGCCUCUCACUAUUGUGGCCAAUCCCGUUGCGGGGCACAGGCUCCGGACGCGCAGGCUCAGCGGCCAUGGCUCACGGGCCCAGCCGCUCCGCGGCAUGUGGGAUCUUCCCGGACCGGGGCACGAACCUGCGUCCUUUGCAUCGGCAGGCGGAUUCGCAACCACUGCGCCACCAAGGAAGCCCUUUUUUUUUUUUUUUUUGAAUAAAUUUAUUUAUUUUAUUUUUGGUUGUUCUGGGUCUUGGUUGCUGCGCGCAGGCUUUCUCUAGUUGCGGUGAGCGGGGGCUACUCUUCAUUGUGGUGUGCAGGCUUCUCAUUGUGGUGGCUUCCCUUGUUGCGGAGCACGGGCUCUAGGCACACAGGCUUCAGUAGUUGUGGCUCACGGGCUCAGUAGUUGUGGCACGCGGGCUCUAGAGCGCAGGCUCAGUAGUUGUGGCACACGGGCUUUGUUGCUCCGCGGAAUGUGGGAUCUUCCUGGACCAGGGCUUGAACCCGUGUCCCCUGCAUUGGCAGGUGGAUUCCUAACCACUGCGCCACCAGGGAAGCCCCUACUGUCCGUCUUAAAUCACCUAUUAUUCUGUAUUUUUUAUUGUAUGUAUUUUAUAACAUUUACAUUAAAAUAUCUCAGUUGUGGAACUGUCAACACUACUGCUCAAUUUUAGUCUUUUUAAGAAACCUCAGUAUAAGAAAGCAAAUGUUUAAAAUCAAAUACUUAUAAAGUCAGAAAACAGUUAAAUGCUCCAUAGAAUAGCCAAAAGAACAAAAAUGUAAAA